AUGCCGGAGCCGAACAGCAAACAGCGCACAACAGGCAACAGCCUCGCUGUGCUAUUUCUUCACGUCCUGUCGCAACCAAAGAAAAACAGCAGCUUAAUCGAGCCGUUUCCUUCGUCUUUUCCGCCCAAAAAACAACAGCUUGUCAAGCUGUUUUCUUCGCCCGUUCCCGCCCAAAACAGCGGCUCAACGAGGGGAAAGAAACAGCAGCAACUAGAAGGAAGAAAACAUAGCAGCAGCAAGCAGCAAAAGCUGCCUGCGUUUUCUCGAACAGCAGCAGCAGCAAGCAGCAAGCUGCUGCCUGCGUUUGCCUCGACCAGCAGCUGCUGCCGGCGUUUCUCCUCGUUCAACAACAGCAGCAGCAAGGACUUAAUGGAGCAUCUAAACAGGAAAAAAGUCGCAUGUUUUCCUGUUUCAUCUCCUCCUGCUCUUCCUCCUUGUGAAAAUGAUAAUACUUCAGGUUGUGUGCAGUCCUCCUUUCGUCAAGGGAAAAGGAAACUUACAAGAGAACAUAGACUAGAAUGUGUAGUAGUAUUUGAAAAGAUCUUUGGGGACGUCCUAUGCCUGGAGGGUGAUCUAGUCAUAAUAAACUUUUUUGCAUUGGAAGGUUGGAGCCUUGCUGAGCUUUUUAAUGUUCGCUGUGUGGUAGCAGCUCCUUAUGUUGUUCCUUAUAGUGCUCCCUCAUCGUUUGAACGAAAAUUUAGGGAAGAGCUUCCUCUUGUAUAUGACUAUUUUCAAGCAGCUCCAAGCGAGAAGAUUGGUUGGAAAGAUGUUAUUCACUGGAUGUGGCCGCUCUUUACGGAGGACUGGGGAACAUGGAGAGCUACAGAGUUAAAUCUGAGUCCCUUGCCUUUCACGGAUCCAGUCACAAGUCAUCCACUGUGGCACAAUAGGCCUUCGUCUCCUUUGCUAUUGUAUGGUUUCAGCAAAGAAGUUGUAGAAUGCCCUGGUUACUGGCCUUCAAAUGUUUGUGUGUGUGGCUUCUGGAUUCUUCCUAUGGAGUGGCAGUUCUCAUGCGAAGAGUGUGCAGAAAUUGCAGUCUUGAUCUCUUCAAAGAAUUUGAACAUGAAAGCUGAGUUAUGUUCGUCUCACGCUGAGCUGGAACAGUUUUUAAAUGCUCCAGCAUCACUGCCACCUGUUUUCAUUGGUUUGAGUUCAAUUGGAAGCAUGGGCUUUAUGAGGAAACCGCAGCUGCUACUUCAUGUUCUUCAAAGUGUUUUAGAGAUAACCAGUUACCGUUUUAUUCUGUUCUCGUCUGGAUAUGGACCUCUGGAUGCUGCAACAAGAGUGCUUGCUGCAGAAACAUCAUCAUGUUCAGAAAAAGGAGAAUUCAUUAAGGAUGGAGUUUCUCUUUUUAGUGGCCGGCUUUUCUGUUUCUCAGGUUCUGUACCAUACAAGUGGCUAUUUCCGAAAUGUGCUGCUGCUAUUCAUCAUGGGGGUAGUGGGUCCACUGCAGCAGCUUUGCAUGCAGGAACUCCACAGGUAUUAUGCCCGUUUAUGCUAGAUCAAUUUUAUUGGGCGGAGAGGAUGUUCUGGCUCGGGGUUUCUCCAGAACCCCUGAAGAGAACUCAAUUGCUCCCAGAUGAAGAUGAUGAGACUAGCAUAAAGGAAGCUGCAUGUGGUCUGGCCAGGGCAAUUGAUUAUGCUUUAUCUUCUCAAGUCAAAGCAAAUGCCUCAGAAAUUUCUCAAAGAUUAUCUUCUGAGGAUGGCAUGCUAGAAGCAGUGCAAAUGUUGAAAGCAAGUAUUGCGAGCCAAUCUUCAAAAGAAGACUAACCCGAAGUUUCAGAAGUCAAAAUUCAACCAGAAGCCUCUUUAUUCCAAACUUGUUACGCAGAGAUUCACAUCUGGCUGCUUGGAAAUCAUACAACAAUUUUGCAAAUUUGUCGUUUGCAUCAUAAAAGCGAAGAUCCUGGACAUCAUAGACCUGGUGAUUCGUUGACGUUUUCUAUUUGGUUUUUGAAUCUUGAGACGACGUAGUUGGGUGGUUUUGGUUGGCAUUGAAGUUGUGAGCCUUGGUUGCAGGUCAGUAUUGAAUUUAUUUUGGUCUAGGCCUGUAAUUGACUUGAGUUGUAUUGAAUUUCAGUACAAAUAUAGCUCGAGACUUAUGAUCAGACGAAUUUAUAACAACUCAACUAGGAUUUUUAACGGGUGUCCUACAUUCCCUCUCCUCUCUCGAUCCCAAAUUCUAAGAUCCAAUUUGCUACAUAUUCUUUGUCAAUGAUCUACCUUUAUUCCCGUUUGAUCAAAUGUUUUGACGGUGUGUUUGAAUGUGCGUUCUGA